AUGGCGACGGACAUGUCCACCUUGACCGAGCAGCAGCGCGCAAACCACCUCAUGCAGGCACAGGAAAUGGCACUCCAGCUCUUCCAUGAGAUAGAACGAGACCUCAUACGUCCUGGCAUAAGCGAAAAGACCCUGAGCAACGAGAUCCACGAGCUCGGUUCUCGACGCCACAACGUCCGCACGCAUUGGCACAAGCGAGUUGUCCGCAGCGGUCCCAACACACUCAUGCCGUAUGCGGAGAACCCGCCCGACCGAAUUAUCCAGCCCGACGAUAUUCUGUUCGUCGACCUGGGCCCCGUAUUCGAGGCGUGGGAGGCUGACUUUGGCCGGACUUUCGUCCUGGGCGACGAUCCAGUGAAGAAGAAGCUGCGCGACUCCCUGGAUCCCGUCUGGAACACGGUCAAGGCACGCUACCACGACAAUCCCGAAAUGACAGGGGGUCAACUGUAUGAAAUAGCCUGCAACGAGGCACGAAAUGCCGGGUGGGAAUUUGGGGGCCAGAUCGCCGGACAUCUAGUCGGGUCGUUUCCGCAUGAGCGUAUCCCCAACGACAAGAUCGCACUGUACAUCACCGAGGGAAAUGGCGAGUCCAUGAGCAAGACCGACGCAAAGGGUAACAAGAGACAUUGGAUCCUCGAGGUGCACUUGGUCGACCGUGAACGAGAGAUUGGGGCUUUCAUGGAGCAGCUUCUGACUGUCGACUGA